AUGUUACCGUGCAAUGGCACUGUCAACAGAGAGCGCAGAAUUAUUGUACGGGAUAUUUUCAACAGUGCUUUGCGGAACAGUAAGAAACAAAAAGAAACUACAGAGACCAAAACCCAAGAAUUAAAGAAAUGCCCAGAUCCCUCUCCACUUCUAGUUGGGCCUCUCAGGGUUGAGUUCUCUACGCCUGUCAGCUUGGACACAGUGAGGAAGGAGAACCCAGGUCUGCAGGAAGGAGGUCGUUUCAAACCACAUGACUGUGUCGCCCUCCAGAAGGUUGCUCUAAUCAUCCCCUUCCGCCAUCGUGACGAGCACCUCAAGUUCUGGCUCUACUACCUCCAUCCCAUCCUUCAGCGCCAACAGCUGGACUAUGGUGUCUAUGUUAUCAAUCAGGAUGGAGACAACACGUUCAACAGGGCCAAGCUGAUGAACAUUGGCUAUGCUGAGGCCCUGAAAGAGUAUGACUACGACUGCUUUGUGUUCAGUGACGUGGACAUCAUCCCCAUGAAUGACCGCAACACCUACAAAUGCUUCAGCCAGCCCAGACACCUGUCUGUCUCCAUGGACAAGUUUGGCUUCAAGUUGCCCUAUAAUCAGUACUUUGGCGGUGUCUCAUCGUUGAGUAAAGAGCAGAUCAUGAAAAUCAACGGCUUUCCCAACAACUACUGGGGGUGGGGUGGUGAAGAUGACGACAUUUUCAACAGGAUGAAUGACAGAAAAAUGUCCAUCUCUCGUCCGGACGGCGAAGUCGGAAAAUGCCGGAUGAUCCGUCACGAAAGAGACAUAAAUAACAACGACAAUCCUCAGAGGUUCAAGAGAAUAACUAACACGUUAAAGACGAUGGAUACCGAUGGCCUCAACUCUCUCGAGUACGAAGUUGUCGCAGUUGAAAAGCAUGACCUGUUCACAAAUAUUACAGUAGACGUGGGGAUACCACCCGAAGAUGAAGAAGACAUGGACAAAGAAUGAAUGAAGAAGAGAUGAACAAGCAGAGCCCUGCGUGCCCGUUUGUAAAUCCGGCCCUGUGAAGAAGGCAGGAACCACCUGGAAUGAGGUCAAGAAAACUUCCCAGAACAGUACGAGGGAUGCUAGGUAAUAGAACAACCUAGAGGGCAGCGCACAAUCUAUUUGUUGCUUUAACCAAUAACCUAUUGCAGAGGCUGCAGCGGUUAUAAUACAACACUGUAGAACCGUAACAUGACUUAGCAUGAAUCUUUGAGGAGGUGUCAUGAUAUCCACUUGGCACUUUUGUCCCUCGAGCGGCCCAAUUGGCAGAGCUUUGUGUAGUGCUGCCUUCAACUGCUUUCGCCGCAACUCGGAGAAACAAGGUCCCAACUCUGAAAUAACCCCCCUCCAAGUUCCAAUUACAAUUGGGAAAGUCUGAGAGGAUUUUGAUACCCAAGUUGUGACGUUUCAUCUCUGACCUUUCACCUUUUCAGGGAGCAAACUUUAGGUUUACAAAUACUGUAUUUUUGCUCUACACUAGUGUACAUCAAGCAAGGGCUAUGGAAUGUAAAGGUUUCAGAGAUGCUUUUUGAUAUUGUUGUUGAUCGAAUGUGUUGCCUUUCCUCCUUAUUUUCUGUGUGAAAAUCUGAACUUUAAUUUAGUCUUUUUUAGUUAUUGGGCUAUUAUAGUGUGGCUACUGUGUGAGCCAUGGGAAACUCCCCAAAAACAAUAACAAAAUGUUCAACUGUUCAAAAUAAAAUGACAGAGACUUCUUCUUUA